AUCUUCUGUCCGCAAAGAUGGCUGCGGUCGGGCGGCUUCUUCUCGGGGUCGGCAGCUCCCUGCGGCUUGGAGUACCGCGGGGCCUUUUCAAGCCCCAAAUUAAAGCAGGGGGUCAACUGAACACUUCUAGAAAGGUGGUGAUGACUAAAUCGGGCGCUAUCUUACCCAAGCCCGUCAAGACUCCCUUUGGUCUCAUGAAAGUCUUUAUUGUGGUCAUCCCGUUUCUUUACAUGGGCACUCAGAUCAGCAAGAGCUUCGCUUCACUACUGGAGGAACAUGAUAUCUUUGUCCCAGUUGAUGAUGAUGACGAUGAUUAACUAACAGAUUUCUGCUGUGUCUAGAGCUUGCUCUCAUUGGACUGCACACCACAGUAAUGACUAACUGUACAUAUUCCUGUAUCCAAAGCCGCCUCUGGCUAGGAGAAGACAUGAACACUGAAGAGAGAAUGAAAACUUCGUAACAAUAUUUUGCAUAUGUUGUAUAUACUGUGUGCUUGAGGGAAAAUUAGGACUUUUAAAGAAAGUGUCCAUUCUGAUCGGUUAUGUGCAGUGCAUUAAAUUGAGAAUUUUUCAAUUAGGUUCCCUUUGAAGAUUAAUUUUUUUCUCCUCCCUGUUCUGAGAAAACAUUUUCCUUUCUCCAUUUUCCUUGAGACAUUGAUUCAAAUGAGGAUCUACAAUACCAGGUUAUCUUUUUUCCUAAAUAUUGAGACUGGCUGCAGUCAUCUGUGUAAAUGUUCUGUGCAUUCUUUAAAUUGAACUGUAACAGUCCCUAGCUUUGAGUGGACAUGAUUUGCCCACUAAUGGCAGGGAUCCUGGCAGGGUGGGGACCACAUGAUCCUUAGAUUUAACAUUCAUAAAGUGCGUUUUGCAGUACAGCCCUGAUGUUUUACUUCAUUUCAGGGAGUUUUAAUACAAUCAAAUUCAAUUAUUUGAACAGAAAAGGAUAAAAGCCUUAAAAGCAAAUGCUUACAGUCAGAGAUAGUAGGAACUGCAGAUUCUGAGAUAACAAGGUGUAGAGCUGGAUGAACACAGCAGGCCAAGCAGCAUCAGAGGAGCAGGAAGGCUGAUGUUUCGGGCCUAGACCCUUCUUCAGAUUUUCUGAAGUGUCUGCUGUGAAUGGCCUGCUGUGUUCAUCCAGCUCUACACCUUGUUUGCUUAUAGUCAUUCAAGUUCUGAAAUUCAAAUACUGAACAUCAUAAGUAUCAAGUGCACUUAAACCUAACUGAGUAAACUUUGUUCCUGAAACAGCCAGAGCUGUUCUAAGAUUUGGUAUUUGGAGAUAGAUGUGAAUGCAAUAGGUUUUUGACCAUGUUCCUGUGGUGGCAAGUGAAUGAGAAUGGGCACUCUGAUUCUAGGGACUAUUCCAGUCUGUAUUUUAUUGGGUUGCAUGUUUUCUUUAAUAGCACAAUGUUGUAGGGCUAAAUAUUUUAUUUAGUCAUCUCCUGAGUCUGAAGAAUUACUGAGUGUGUUGUUUGAUUGGGUUGCAGCUGCCUAUGUUGUCUAAGGAGCUAGAACCAUCUGUGGCAGUUUGUCAUCCACAGCAAUAAAUCUUGUUCAGAA